CGCCAGCCGCGUCCGCAAGAUUUCUUUCGUGGCGCGAUCUCUAGUUUUCCACACAUUGUAGUAUGCUAUCAAGAGUUUUACAAUCUCUAUGUCUUGUUGUGUGAUAACACACACAUUGUCUCAAAUAUUCUAACAUUUCCUGAAAAUACAUUGUUGUUUUCAUGAGCCUAAUGACAUCACACAACUUUCCUCGGCCGCCGACGCGGUAAUGUGAAAUGAUACGAAUUUGCCCACAUUUGAAGAAAGGAACUCUGACUGUGCGGAUUGUGUGUUUUUCCUAUACUUCUUCAGGACCAAUGAUAGAUAUGAGUCACAUCAUAUUGGUUUUAGUAAUAUUCAACUCAGUGAUCGUGAUAAACAGCCAAGACAUUGGUAACACAACAUAUAAUCCAGAAGAACUGUUUCUGAAAAUCUUCAAUAUCAAUGAAACUACAGCGGCUCGUCACACGAACUAUGAAUCUAUCAAAUUCGAAGAGGAUUUUGACUCUCCAAUCGAUGAAAACAAUAAAUCAUCUCAUCCUAUUAUUUUUUAUGAUCAAACCAGACAAGGAACACCAUUUAAAUUUGAAAAUGCUCUAGCUGCAACAUUAAAAUUUGAAGACAAUCCAAUAAUAAAUAAUAGCGAUGAUACUCUUUAUACCGAACUUACAAAUAUUAACGGUUUCACAUUUCAAGAUACAAACAAUUUAGACAAUUUAAAAAAUCCGAAAAAGAAGCAAAGAAAAAAGCCUAAAAAUCAAAACAUUGACAGUCCUGCGCAAAUAUUUCCUGAAGAUAAUAGCAAAGCUCAAAGGUAUCCUGGUCCUGGUCUAGAAAAUAAUCCACUUACUUUUAGUCAUCAAACAGUAUCAAAUAAUCGAUUUAAAUUCGAAAGUUAUGUGAUUCCAAAUAAUGAUGAAACAUCGAAUAUUCAACACACUAAUAAUUCAAUUUUUACAACUCAAGAUGAGAAUAAAAUUGAACCGAACCCACCAAAAAAGAAGCGCAGAAGACGUAGGAGAAAGCCCAGAUAUCAUAAUCAAGCUUUUAAUCAAAUCCAGGGAUAUCCUGGUUACCCAGGUCUUUAUCCAGGAAAUGGUCCUCAGAGAUAUCCAAUUCAAGAUCAGAAUUUAGCUCAAGGGAAUGCGGGUAUACAAAGCAAUCCACAAGGUUAUCCGGGUCAAUUUGGUUUUAAUCCUCAAGUUCAAAAUCCUUAUCCAGUAAGACCCAAUGGACAAUACUAUAAGCCACCAAGACGGCCAAAACAAUCAUUAGCAUCUGAAGCCCUAUCAGCCGUCACUGGAGCCCUGACUUCGAUCGCACUGUACGACGACUACCAGUGCGUGCCGCGGCUGCUUUGUGAGGCGGCGGGGGGCGGAGCCCUGGGGUCUUCCAGUGUUCUGCAGAACGUUGCGGGUCUACAACCAUUGCUCACGUUGCUGGCAGCAUACAACGGUAUCAGUAGUUCUCCUUUAUUCAUAUUCGGUCGUGCAGUCUUCUUGGGUAUGACAGCUAAAGGGAACCUUGGCACUUGCCGCUACGCCUACCCUCAAUGUCCUAACGAUCCUGAACAACUGGUGCAUUACUUGAAUAACCACAACGGAGGCUUCUUCAGGUUUUUCAACGCUCCUCAACUAAAUAAUCCUCAGUAUGGCCUGCAGAAUGUUGAGCAAUUCUAUAAUCAACUAUCUCAGAACUAUGGAUUCUAUCAAGGUCCUGAUCAAGUGGGAAAUCAACAAAAUUAUGGGUUUUAUCAACCUUAUACACCGAAUCAACAAAAUACUGGAUUAUAUCAGCCUAAUAUUCCAAAUAAUGGAGUUUAUCAACCAAAUACUCCAAAUCAGCAAAGUUAUGGAAUUUAUCAACCUAAUAUUCCUAAUCAACCGAAUAUUUCUCCUGUACAUAACCCUAAUAUCCCCUCAAAUCCUCAAGGUUAUGGAGUCCAAGAUACUAACCUUAAUGAUAUAAGACCUCAGAGCUAUGGACUUCAGAACUACGGAGCAAUUUAUCUUUAUCAAAAUAAUGCCUUCAAUAGAUUUAAAAGUAAUAUCAAGAAAGAUAAACAAAAUAAAAUAGAGAAACGGAUUAUUAAUGGACAAGUAGAUUAUCAGAGUUCUGUUGAUUUUAAUGAUAAUCCAAAAUGGCUGUCAUCAGGAUCUAAUUCAAAUUAUGAAAGUUUUAGUAAUAAUAGAGGAGGUAAAAGUCUAAGAUUUCCCGAUGAAGAAAUACAUCAACAAAUUACUUCGACAGCUACUCCUGAUUAUAACAUUAGACAAGGAAAGAUAAUUAAUUUCCCUCAAAAUCAAAAUGAUUUGAUAUAUGUAAACUAUAACAUACAUACAUCUACAACUCAAUCGACUAAUAAAUAUGGAUUUAUCCAAAAUAAUUAUCAAGCUGAAAGUAAUACUCCAAGAUAUCAAAAUGAUUUUAAUUCAAAUAAUAAAUAUACUUUUGUUAAUCAAAAUAAUAAUUUGCAAUAUAACAAGGAUGAAAGAACAGAAACUGUUUAUAUCAUCAGAGGUAACGGUGACCCUAACCAUCCAGAAAUAGUUAAGCUAAAAGCAGGCGAAAAAUUGCAGUAACAAGAUUUCCUCAAAAGAGAAAACGUGAAUAACUAUAACUAUACUAUCAUUAUAAAGAAGUAAGCGUGUGUAAGUUUGUGACUUUGUGUGUUUGAUGGCAUAAAUAUAAAUCAAAUCAAUAUAUAUACGCAAAUGGUACGAUAAGUCUGCCUUUGUAUGCGUCUUUUUAUUUACUGCUUUCUUUGUAUGUAUUUUUUUUUGUACAAUAAAGUGUUUACAAACAAAAACAAUAAUAAUAAUUUACACAAUCAAUGAUUCUGAAAACUACUUCAGAUUAUCCACUAUAGACCACAGACUACGCCAGGACAUGAGGCCGUAUAAAGUGCAGUGUCGUACCAAUUAAUUAAUAAGUCGGCCUUAACUUUAUUUUUGUAAGGAAGGACGUUCACCCUGUAAAAUAUCGUGGCGGUUUUAUGACAUACGACACGAUUACUGUACGACCUUUUAUUUCUACUAAUAGACUUCAUUAGAAGAAAUUGCAUUAGCGAUAAGUCCGCCAUUGCACUCAUUAUGUUUGAAUAUCUUGUAACUUAUAAAUUCUUUGUGAAUGGUGCA